AUGUACGAGGAUGGAGAAGGAAACGGACAUAUGCAAGGACCUCUGCUCCUCCUGACCAGAGUACCUGUGCUGCUACUGCUACUGUAUGCUACUACAUGUAUGUACUGUAUGCUGCUUAAUGCUGCUCUAUGCUGCUGGAUGCUGCACGGAUGUACGGCUGGUGAAGAUGGAGUGACUGAACGGAAAAAAGCAAAUGAAGCCAACAAAAGCUCACCUCUCCUACAUCCAAAGCACUAG